AUGGUGGACACUGCCUCGAAGCAUCGAGCUGAGUUUGCCUUUGCUCAGCUUGAGAACGAGAGAUCUCUGACAUCUCUUCGUGACGAGCUAAGGGUAGCUCGUGGGAUUGUUGAUCGGUCUCGGGCUGAGAUAACUGCUCUUCAGACCCUUGUUGAUGCCCACCAUCGGGAGCACAAGGCUCUCUGCGAGAUGCUUGAGCGCAAGGGCGUUCUUCAUCGGAAGAAGCAGCGUACUGGUGGUACGGCUUAA